AAGAUAUUAAUUUCCUGAAUGAAACACAGAAGAUUCCUUCGUUUAUAUUAACACCUUCACAAGUUAAACAAAUUCAUUUUUUAAUCGACAAUGAGAUCAUACAACCAAUAGAAUGUAUUAAUUUCAAUACUAUGCUUGAGGCUUUGACAAUUGCUACUUCGGUGAUUAAUUUUAGGACUGAACAUCAUUUAAUUGCUUCCAAAGCACGUAUGAAUGCUGUUAAAAGAACUGAUGAAGAAAAGCCAGGCCAUAAAGUUGAUUUUAACGUUACGUGGCAAGAUUAUUGGAAAAAAGAAAAAUGGGAGGUAAUUGUGGGAGAAUUUUCUGGAAAACCUUUUGAGCCUCUUCUUGAUAAGUGGAUUGGAACCCUUAUUCGUUUAAUAGUAUCAUCAAGUAUUUUGAACCAGUGUUUUGAAAAUAAAGGUUAUUAUUUGCCACUAUUGGAUAAUUUACUAAAUUAUUGUGAAAAACUUGAAGAAUUUAUUAAUAAACUUAAUUACACUGGGGAUAUAGAAGCUG